AUGGAUAAUAGUAAUAGUAAUAGUAAUAGUAAAGACAACAACAUAGUAGUAAUAAUAGAUAAAGAGAUUAAUGAAAAGGAACAAGAUGGAUGUUGUGUAUUAUCAUUGUACAUUCAAGCAAUCAUCAUUAAUAUGAUAUUGACAGAACCAAGGUGCAGUAGUAGAGGAGACAUAGUAGUUGAUGAUGGUGACGAUGUAUAUGGACGUAAACAAUACAGUACAUCUGAUAAAACAUCAUAUCUAAUGUAUAAAGGUGAACCUGAACAAAAGAGUAAGAGGAAGUUUGUCAAUCAUUACAAACUGAUCAAUAUUGCAUUGGUGUCGAGAUGGUGGUUACAAGUAUCAAAACAAGCAACUACAACAUUAAAGAUAUCUGGUCCGUUAAAAGAAUCUUACUUUUCAAGUGUUUGUAAAGGUUCAACAACAACAAUUGAAUCAUUUAAAUGGAAUGUUCGUAAAAGAGAUUAUGAUCCAAAUGAAUUGGAUGAUAAAUAUAAUCAAAUAGAAUAUAAUCAAAAUAUACUUUCAAGAUUAUUACCAAAUCUAAAGUCAUUGGAUAUAGUGGCAUAUAAUUUGGGUACAAUGUGUGAUUGGCCAAUCACUCAAAUGGUCGACUCUUUUCCAGAGGUUCAGUCAACCGUCCACAUCAUCAUUGACCAAAGAGAACAUUGUCUUUUGUGGAGACCACCUCAUACCAAACGCAAUAUUCCACCAUUGGUGACGAUCACACUCAACGACAUUUACGAGUACUUUGCUAGUGACUCUUUUUUUGACAAUGUUCUUGAAAUGAUCGAUGUCUUGCAACCGGUAUGUCUCAACUUGUAUUUGGACGAUGGCAACGGUUGUAGUGGUGAUGUUUUACAUCUAGAGAAAAACAUUGAUGUCAUUAGUCAACUAGCAUCAACAAAGCAUCUCAACAUUGGGUAUGACUUUGUCGAGUUGGAAGAGUUUGUUGGUAUUCUCUCGAAUGGAUUUCAAUUAGAGUCGAUCAAAGUUGGUAUCAUCACAUGUCCCCUUGUAAAAGUAAUUUUAAAGGAUCAAUCAUCAUCAUAUGGCCACCACACCAGAUGUGAAUAUUGUACAAGUGGAAACCUUCAACUAAGAGAUACCAUCCAACACUGGGACGAAUUUUGUUCAAGAUUAUCAAACAACACGUCUCUUGAAAGAUUGGAUUUGGAAGAUACCCAUCAUGAUGGAUACAUCAACAACAAAAAAUCAACAACAUUGGAUAGAUUAGCUUUACCUUUUAUUUCAAUUUGGACGAGUAAUAACAAGAUUAAACUAAUUGGACUGUCAAAACUUUCAUAUAUUAUAUCACCUUUAUUUUUCGAUGCUUUAUGUCAUAAUCAAUGUAUUACAACUUUGAUGUUGACUAGUGGUACAUUGAUUCAAGAAUAUAUAGAAUCAUUCUGUCAAUUGUUAAUGACCAACAUGAGAAUAAGAGUUGUUGGGAUCAAAGAAAAUGAUUUGGAAUCAAGUAAAGAGUUGGUGAUGGCAUUUAGACAAAACAAGUCGAUUAAAGUAUUGGAUAUUUCUGGUAAUAGAUUUGGAAAUGAUUUAUUUGAUUCAUUUUUGGACAGCGAUACUAUUCAAUAUUUGGUAAUCGAUAAAGAAAUGAACAAAUUAAAACAUAAUUAUUUUAAUCAAUCAAAAUCACUUUUAAAUUGUUUUAUCUAUAAUUAUGAUGAUGAUAAUAAUAAUAAUAAUAAUAGAUUCUAUUUUAAUCCUUCACUUUUUUAA